AUGCAACGGACGGAGCUUUUACCUACAGGCCGCAGUGUUAAUGUACUGGACGUGGAUGACAACAAGACAUGGAAUAGCCGCAAGUCCAUGGACGAAAACGACGAGCAGCGACGACAGCGCAUCACUGCACGGGCGGAAGAAAUUGUGCGUGGCAAACGCUGCGUCGGGAUGCUCGUGGGUGCUACGUGUCCCGUUUGCCUCACGGGCGACGUCGAUACGCAGCUGUCCGAGUGUGGCCACUUGAUCCAUGCCAAGUGCAUCAAGCGCUGGAUCCAGUCAGGUACUUGUUGUCCUGUCUGCAGAGAAGAGGUUGUGAAUGUGGAGGAAGCUUUUACGUCUCCGACCGCUUUAGCAAUGACUAAAGACCGUCUUACAUCGUCGUCCGAAGCUGGAACUUAUCUGCCGGACGACGAAGUGGGAAUGCAGACAGAGGACGAUGCAGGCUACGAAUGGGGCUGGUUCGAGGACUUUGAUGAAGGUGACAACGUAUCAGACAAUGGUUUUCCGACCAAGAGCAGUGACAUGGUUUACUCGGCUCGUCGAUCACUGCCAACAUUUCCAGCCUCGGCCAGCAUGCAGUCCCUUACGACGCUCAUGCUAAACCGGAAAACGUCAAACUCCUUUGACAUGUUUCGGACAUUUCCACCUCUUCGUGAGGUCUAUGAUACACCGUACCAUCAGAGCAAGUACUCGUGGAUGCGAGUGCUGCCGUCUCACCGUCACAUUGCAGCCACGAUUCAGAUUCGCAGCUUCCGCAUCGUAGAAGCCAAGAGCUCCAAGGAGCAACACGCCGAGUACCUCAUCGAGAUGCAGCUCGACGGCCACUACUUUAGCCGUUGGCGUCGCUUCUCAGAGAUUUACCGCUUUGUGUGUUUACUGAACCACAACCAGUUUCGGCAGUCGCUGGCAGCGUGGCAGCCCAUUGGGGCCAACAGCCGCUGGUUCAACCGCCUUGAGCUCAGCUACUUGCACAAACGGUGCCGAAUGCUCGAGGAGUUUGCCCACACGCUGUUAAUCGAGUGCUGGAACGCACACCCGCUGGCCGACCUGAUCGAGUGCUAA